AAGACGGAGGAAAGAUUCCGCACAGAACCCUUGAGGCCUCUACUUGUAAUUCCUCCGAGUAAACCAGCUCAGCCUAUCCUCAAAUUUUCAAUCUCAAACGGCUCGUCUACCACAGCAUCCGGUGGCCCCGUUGCGAAGCCCCCUACACCAUCACCAAGCCCCAAGCCACCACCAAAGAUCACUCUUGGUCUUCCAAAUGGUACUAUGAAGCCGCCGAAACGACCUGCACCCGACCGAACCCCAAGCUUUGAGGAACGUCCUCGGAAGAUCGUCAGACUAAGAGUCAAUAGCGCCAGCUUGCAAGAUAUCCAGAGCAAGCCGCAAAACCCAACCCUGUAUCAUCGUGCCAAAUCAUCCUCCACCAAAAGCGCUUCUCCUUCUUCCCGACAAUCCCCUGGAGCAAGAUCCUCCAUCACGCCUAGUCCUUCUUCCACCCUCUCUAAUGGUACCAUUACUGCUGUUCCGGCGUCGGCACCCGCAGUGUCUGCGACCUCAACACCUAUGAAGGUUCGCAAGCCUUUGCCAGAUGGCUCGGCACGUACACCUCUCCCAGAGAAAGUCGAGAAGCCUGCACGCAAGCCUCUACCUGACAGCACAUCUUCAGGGCGUAAGCCCCUACCCAGUGCCCCACCAACCCCCUCAGCUGAACCUGUUGCUGCUGCGCCUCCAAGACAGAAGCUGUUGAUCAAGUUCAAUUUGAAGAAGGCGGCUGCUGGUAUCCCUCCCCAAGACCCAUCUCUCUAAUAGAUCCAUAUUUGAAACUUCGACACAUAUUCAUUGCAAUGCAUUUAGCGAAAAGGCGUAUAAAGGAAUGAUAUCGUUCGUCACAGGGACGAUUGGGUUCAUUCGGUGGUUUCUCUUCCUGCGAAUUGUAGAUAGCAUCAGGGGGACUUUAGCUUUGAUUUCGAGCUGGUAAAUCCGGUGGUUGUAGUUGGCAAGUAGUCUGACAGUCUACUUCGCCGGAGCGCGUAGUAUUUGCGACUUGAACCUUUUGAGGCAUCGAGGAAUGAAAGCCGUCAAAUACAUCUUGAGAUCUUUCGUGAUGUUGUAAUUGAUGAAUGUCCGAUUGGUGAUCCACAUCCUAGCUCUUGUGACUGCUCAUCCCUUCUC